AUGGAUCCUCUGGAGGAAGGGCAGAAGUUCAGCCCCAGACAAGAUUUAGACCUAGAUGCCACCCUCCAGUUUCUUCCCGCCCCAGACACCAAAAAGCUGGAGAAGAGCUUAGUGCGACACAAGAAACUAUGGAUCGGUCUAGGCCUGUUUGCGGCGGCAGCCGCGCUGUCUCUGCUUACCGGACUGCUGGUGUGGCGCUUCCACCUGCUCCGUGACGUGGCGAUGCCGCGUGUCUAUGUGGGAUCCAUGGCCAUCGCCAAUCAGCCUUUCCUGCCGGCCUAUGAGGACCCCAGCAGCGGGCCUUUUGUCAAGAUGGCGUCUCUAGUCAGCCAGCAGCUAAAAGUGAUGUACAACACAAACUCGGGCAAAUUGGGCAAAUACUUCCGACGCUUGUCAGUGGAAGCCUUCAGCGAUGACGGCGGUGAUUCUGUAACAGCGUACUACCGUUCUGAGUUUGAGGUCCCCGUUGCUGAGCAGGCCUCGGUGGAUGCCGCCGUCCAGUCGCUGGAAAUGGCGGCGGGAAGUCAACAGAGUCAGCGAGGGAGAGUGCUGCUUAAACCCAAGCAUGCGCUUAACAUCGACUCCGUCGUCACCCGAGCCAUUGAUCCACGGAUGGCAUCAUCGUCCUUAUUGGUCAAGGAGUCCUUUAAUGUGCAUGUCGGAGAAGGAGGAGUCAUUCAGUCGCCGGGUUUCCCUGAUUCGUCAUACCCGCCCAACAUCUACCUGCAGUGGCGCUUGCGAGCCGAUGCUGCUCACCGCGUGCGACUAGACUUCCAAAAGCUGAUCUUGGAGGACAAUUGCCAAAACGACUUUGUGAAGAUUUACGAUUCGCUCGCACCCAUCGAGCAGACCACCAUCGCUGAACAUUGCGGUGUUCCUCCCCAUUCGCUGUCCUUCGUGUCGUCAGGGAACGUCAUGUUAUUGACGCUGGUCACCAACGACAAGAAGAACUUUCCUGGCUUCAAGGCCAACUUCUCACAGGUCUCACUGGCACCAUCAGACUGUGGAGGAACUCUAAGCGGUGACACUGGUGUUUUCUCUUCCCCGUUCUUCCCGUCCAGCUAUCCUCCUCGGACUUCAUGUGUGUGGAACAUCCAGGUGUCGAAGGCUAAGUUGGUCAAAGUCAAAUUCAUUAAGUUCAACAUCAGUAACGACUCCGAUUGUUCCCGAGAUUAUGUGGAAUUGAAUGGCCGAAGGCUCUGUGGCGCACAAGCGGGAAGUACAACGGUGCCCAGCAGAACCAACUUGAUGACCGUCAAGUUCAACUCUGAUUGGUCAUAUGUUGACCAGGGCUUUCUCGCCGCCUAUGAGGCCUUUACCCCGAGUGACUUGUGCCUGGGAAGGUUCCGCUGCACCAACGGCUUGUGCGUGGCCUCCCAUCUGCGCUGCAACGGUUUGGACGACUGCGGUGAUUCCAGCGACGAGGACGACUGCAGAGCCUGUGCUGCCAGCGUAUUCCGCUGCAGGAACGGUCACUGCAUCAUGCAGACGAAGGUGUGCAAUGGCAAAGACGACUGCGUUGACGGGUCUGAUGAGUUUAAGUGUGGAAAAUCAGUCUCCAUGACAUCGUGUCCUGACUCCAGCUUCAGCUGCAAAAAUGGGCAAUGUGUUGGCAAAGUCAACCCAGAGUGUGACGGUGUGGAUGACUGCGAGGAUGCGUCCGAUGAGGAAUCCUGCCAGUGCGGUUUGUGGCAGUAUCGAAGCUCCCGCAUUGUAGGCGGUCAGGCGUCGCAACAGGGCGAGUGGCCAUGGCAGGUCAGCCUCCAGUUGAUAGGGCAGGGUCAUGCGUGUGGUGGUUCUUUGCUAAGCAGCCGCUGGCUUCUUACUGCUGCCCACUGCGUCCAGGACAAAGGUUCAGUCAGGCAUUCACAGGCUGACCAAUGGGAAGCCCUCCUGGGUCAGCAUGAGCUGUCCCGCGCCAACGAGUGGUCAGUGAGGAAGAAAGUAAUGCGAAUUGUGGCCCACCGUGACUAUGAUCAACGCACUUUCAACAACGAUGUGGCUCUGAUGGAGUUGGAGUCGGACGUACCGCUUAACCAGCACAUCUGGCCCAUAUGCCUCCCCUCCCCAGCGUAUAGCUUUCCUGCUGGCCAGGAGGCCUGGAUCACUGGUUGGGGGGCCACCAGAGAGGGAGGUAUGGCGGUGACGGUCUUGCAGAAGGCUAAAGUUCGCAUCAUCAACAAUUCAAUGUGCAACAAUGUGAUGAACAACGAGGUGACGGAUGGGAUGUUGUGUGCCGGCGUCCUCGACGGCGGUGUGGAUGCAUGCCAGGGUGACUCCGGGGGACCAUUGUCUGUCAUCAACCCAAGUGGGCGUGUCUUUCUGGCUGGCGUGGUGAGCUGGGGCGACGGGUGUGCUCACAGGAACAAGCCAGGAAUCUACACGCGGGUAACCCGAUACCGUGGCUGGAUCAAGGAGCACAGUGGUAUUUAG